AUGUGCACGAGCGUCACAAGUUCUGCCUGGGAACCCUGCAAGGAUUUUCGUGUGCGGGGUAACUCGACUUUCCGAGAAAUGCUCGUUGUCAAUUCUCGCUUCUUCAUCAACCAACAUCACAAAAUGUCGAACCGCAAGCGAGAAGGCGGCGUUGACGAUGAUGGUGGUGGUGAUGCAGCUAGAGAGAUGCGCGCAGUGGACGAGGAGGAGUAUUCGCAGAUGCUGAGGACGGUCUUGGAAAAGACCAAAGCCUUGUGCAUUGAAAGAGAAGAGUUGAUUGUGUGGCUGGAGCAGCACGGAAUUCCCGUGCCAGCACGGCUGACACAGGAAGAGCUGGAUGCCACUCUGGCGGACUUGAGCAGGUUUGCUGAUGGUGAGAAGGUGGAGGCAUUUGGGAUCGUGCCCGCUGCGAGUGCAGCGGAGCCAAAUUCCGCGCCGACUGUGAUGAGCAAGAUUGUUGAGAAAGAGGUGAGUGCGCCCAAGACGGCCGUGACGUCCACUACGAAUGUAGUGAAGUCGUGUCCUUCGUAUUGGAUCUGGGGGGAAUGUCAGAUGAAGCAGCCGUGCAAGAUGUCACACGACGUCCUGAAGCUGGAUUUGAUGCAAUCUAAAGCGUACAAAGAGGCAUGCAGGACUGGGCAUAUGGCAGCGAAGACAGCGAUGCUGCUGUUUGACAUGAACGAGCAAUUUCGCGAGUGUGGCUUCCGCAAGGAGGUGUACAAAGGAGCGCUGGCUAACGCGAGUGUGGCGAGUGCCACAUCCGUGUCACAGCACGGCUCUCCGGAGGACGCGUUGGGAGAGUCAGAGAAGCUUUCGGCGCUUCAGGAUUGGAUCAGCGAAUGGCGAACGGUGUGGUUUGUCAAGAUGCCAGAACGGGUGAAGCAGCGGGUCGAACUUGUUAAGCAGGGCAGAAGGCCGAAACGGGGGAUCAUCUUGCUUCCGGACGAUGACUCCGCGGAGUCCUCGCAGAACAAGGGUGAUGGAGCGAACAUUGCCUACACAAAGAGGGACUAA